AUGUCGUAUAUGUCGGAAGAAGAACGUUCAAAGCUGAAACACCCAAAUUACUGGGAUCGAGAACCUAACACUUGGGGAAGCAUAAAAGAUUGGGACUUUUACUUGCUUAAAAACCUAGACUCGUCACAGGUUAAUAAACGUCUUUCUCACUCAGCCUUGGGUGAUGAGCUAAGAGCAGAUUUAAUCUGGCAACCGAGCGUUGAGAAGGUUUUCCCGAGUGCAAAAACCGACAGGUUUUCCCGAGUGCAAAAACCGACGGCUAUUACCGAGCGUAGGGGCAUAGAAACGUUGUCGAGCAAGCAUCGUGGCACUAAAAGUGAUAGUAAAAUUUGGAAGAAGAAGGAACAAAUCUCAUCUUUACUUUUGGAGGCUGAUGUGGUUGAUCUGGAAUUGGAAAUCGCCCAGAAAAGGGGAAGACAUGAUGUUCAUCAAAUAGCAAGACGAGGAUAUAAAAAAUAUUCAGACAUAGAAUUUGGUCUAGAGGAGAGGGUGCAGAAGAAGAUCAAACCAAAUGAAAAUAAUGAAGAGGAGGAACCCAUUUCAAGUGAUGUCUCACUUGAUUUGCAGUCUCAGGCUCAACAACGAACUCCUGAACGCCAGUUCAGUCCAUUAACUGUGCCUGAGAUUGCCAAUGAUGAACCUCAGCAUGAACCAAUGCCAACCUGGCUAGAGAAAGUAGUAAGACGACAAGAGUUUUUGACCUCACAAACGGAUCCGUCUGACAGAUAUGAAUCGUCACUAAACCCGAUCUGGUGGCGAAUAAUAGAUGCCUCGGAUCUAAAAAGUACAUCAGAUUUUCUGACUGAAGCGGACAUGUCGGAUCUGGUCGCCGUAUUUGCAUCUGCCCUUAAUGUAGGCCAUCCCACUGAAGAUUGGACCAUACUGGAACCUUCAGUUGAGAGAUGUUUACAGGCUCUUGCUAAGCUUGAUAACGAUCACCUCAGUAAGGUUGGAAAAAUAGUGGCACUCGAAGGAUUUCAUGGAGCUAUCCUUGAAAUUCAGAAAAUGGUGAACGUUGAGACAUCAAGCUUGAGCGUUUCUUUAUUUGACGAUGAAGAUACGAAUGAUAAGGUAAAGCCAACAUCUUCUAUCGAGGAAGAAGACUACUUGAACCCUGAUGUGCAAUUUAUUUUGGACUUGAUUCGAUUUACAUGUGAAAUGCUUGCGAAAGGAAUUCCCCAGCGGAAAAAUUCUGAAAGAGACAUAGAUGUCUUCAUCAAACGGCACCUAUUUUCGUGUUUUGACAAUAUUCUAGACAGUCACUUCGGGGAGAUGGUAUCAAGGGCCUCUCGAGAUCGUCGAGCUGGAGCAAUGGAUGCCCCAGAAACAGCAGAAGGCUAUCAUUUGGACUGGAUGUUUACGAAACAUGAUCUAGCAAAAGAUUUGCCGUAUGGUCGCGAAUUUUCACUUUGCGAGCGCACCGGCUCUAGAAUUGAAAACGAAAGAAAGAUCCUUUCGAAUACCUUAAAGGCUCAGAAGACGUUAAGAGACAUGCAUAGAACUCUAGUUGAAGCUAUAUCAGUUGAAGGCGGAGGAAUGCUGUCAAAACAAGUAUUGAGAGCUACCACCAAGCUUCUUAUGCCUGGAUUCUUAUCUCAUUGUUUUUUUAUUCGCGCCUUCCUAGUUGUUUAUAUAGGAGGUGGAUUUUAUUCAUCAAUAAUUUUGGCGGACUUUGAUAUUCCAUCGACAUAUUCGGAACUUGGGUCUAUCAUUAAGGUUUCGCGCAUUAUGCUUCGGGUUAAGAAACUGUUGAAUCUUACGGUUUGCCGUUUCAAGCUUAUGAAGGAAAGGGCUUUUAAUGAAAAAUUCGCUAGUGGAAAAGUGUUAGUGAAUGCCCGAUCACAGGAGUACCGAUCACCACAGAAAACGAAAAAGGAAAAAUAA